CUCCUCCACCACUCACUGCCAUGAAGAGCUUCGACGGCUGUUGGACGUGCCGGUUGAGGAAGAAGCGGUGCGAUGAAUCACGCCCGGCAUGCAGUAACUGCUCCUCUUUGCAAAUCACCUGCCACUUUGGCGACGAAAAACCAGCAUGGAUGGACGGUGGAGCGGAGCAGCGAGCGAAAGCUGACGAGAUCAAGCAUGAGCUGAGGCAUGCCGCCGCGCGCCGUCGUGGAAUCCUGCCGAUCGAAGUCCUGGCACCGUUGCGCGCGGAACCGAUUCUAGAGUCUCAUUGUGAUCGAACCUCGACGCCCACGGCACCGAGCACGACGCUGGCACCGAGCGAUUAUGACCUCAUGUCCGCAGAGAAGCCGGAACAGUGCUCUGCGAUCAGCUCGUCGGAUGGCCAAUCGAGGGAAUCAGGUCUCGACCGCCGGUUCAUGAUGUUCUACUUCGACCAUUUUUUCCCGUUCCUAUUUCCCUUUUACAAGCCAUCCCUGCUUGAGGGCGGGCGUUCCUGGAUCAUGGAACUCAUCUUAGGCGACCGAGCGAUGUGGCAUACCACCCUAUGCCUUAGCACAUACUUUGUUUCCAUCACCCUGGAUGGUGCUAUUUCGGGACCGAACGUGUGCAAAGACCUUGCUUGGGGACGGCUUUUGGAGCAGAUGCGAGUAACUUUUGUGAUGCUUCAGAACGACAUUCGCGAGGUUGCUUCAAGUGGUACUCAGGACGUGAUAGUCAAGACUUCGCGGAUCAUGGGAAGCAUCAUUCAGCUACAACGGUUUGAAACCACGGUCGGCAACUUCGACAAUUGCCAAAAACACCUCAGUGCAGCCAUCGCGCUGUACAGGCAGGUUUUGCAGGCCACAUCUAACAUCAUCGGUCGUGAUGGGCGGCCUGCUUUCCGGGACAUUCUCAGUCAUAUGGGACAGCGACUCUGGGCGACCACCUUCGAACAGGGUGGAGCGUGGAACUCGGAUCAAGCCGCUUUCCGCUUCUACUCUGCACUUCUGAUCGUGGACGACAUCAUCGCCAGUACAUGCACGGGUACACCACCGAGACUGCAGGAGUAUCACACUGAACUGCUCACGAAUGACCACCGCUCCGACGAAAGACCCCCGUUAAACCUUGAGGAUUUUGUCGGCUGCGAGAGCUGGGUCUUGUUACGGAUUGGUGAGAUCUCCGCGCUUGAUGCGUGGAAAUGGUCGACGCAAAAGGCGGGGAAGCUCGACAUGAUGGAGUUGGUGGCGCGCGCAUCGACCAUCAAGCAGGCAUUGCUCGCUGACCUCGCACGCCUCGAUGCCUCCACACAUACACCCGAGACCAACCUACUCGGGCUGUACGCCGUCUACAACGACCAUUUGCCCCCUAUGCCGGGCGGCUGCGCCAAAUUCGUGACCAGGGUUUGGGCGCAGGCCGCAUUGCUCUACCUCUCCCUGUCGGUCUCGGGUUGGCAGCCCGGGAGCGUCGGGAUCCGGGAGAACGUUGUUCGUACGCUCACACUUUUGGAACAAAUGCCGGCGGCUGCGCUGCUGCGGACCAUGGUUUGGCCCUUUUGCAUCGCAGGCUGUCUGGCUGAGCCGGGAGAAGAGUGCCGCUUCCGAGCGUUGGCCGAUGCACUGAUGCCGCAUCGAUUGUUUGCGGCCGCGCGGAAGGCGCUGGAGAUUAUGGAGCACGUGUGGAGGUGCAGAAAUGAGCUGACCGUCGAUUCGGACUUUGCGGCGUGCAUGCGCCGCUCGGGGUAUACGGAGAGUUCCAUGCCCAUAUUAAUCUGAUCCCUUGGCACCGUUGAAGCCGCGCGGGUUGUGGGUCUUGGGAUUCUCACGAUGACUGCGCUCCGGGUCAACAUGGAUUGCGGUGAUGUGAUGCUUGGAAAUCAGCACUGGCUAACCUCGGACC